AUGAGAGCGGUGUCGCAACGCGCAGGGGGCCGCAGCGGUGAGGCCGAGACACCACCGUAUAUAACGCCCGGGGUCCGACACACAGUAACCACUCGCAACAUGAAAGCCAUCAUCUGCAUCGUCCUGUUCGCCGCCGCCGUCUUCGCCGCGCCCGAGGGCAAGCGCGACAAGCGCGGCUACCUGCACGGCUACCACGGCCUGGAGUUGGGCCACAGCCUGGACCUGGGCCAUAGCCUGGGCCACGGCCUGGGCCACAGCCUGGAGCUGGGCCACGGCUUCGGUCACGGCUUCGGCCACGACCUGCACCUGUCCGCGCCGAUCGUCCACGCGCCCGCCGCUAAGAUCGUGUCCUACAACAAAGUGGUCUCCGUACCUAAGGUUGUGGAAUACCAGAAGAUCGUGUCCGUACCCAAGGUGGUCUCCGUACCCGAGGUGGUGAAGGUCUCCAAAAUCGUCGAGACACCCCACUACCACGGUCUCUCGCACGGCUGGUGGUAAUUUAGAGAUAUAAUUCAAUAGCCGAAGUACAAAAUACUAAAAUUUUAUAACAAACGUUUUUACCAUGUGCAAUAUUAUGGAAACAGACUAAAAUAUAAAAUGUUUUGUUAUACAAAAUUAUAUAUACAAAUGUAAUACAAACGAUAUA